AUGACACAUGUAACAAAACCGAGACUUUCAUGGGAAGUCACUUUAUCGCUGUCAAAUGUAUAUGGAUCCACGCUCUACCAGUUCUUCGACUCGUCUAGUUCAGAUAGCGUCGUGUCGCUGCUAGAUCACAUCGAAAUCGAGAAUAUUGAGGUCACCUACAAAUAUAACGGUCCCCAGACGGCCAGCUUCACAAGUAAAGGCCUCAUCAAGCUAGGAGAUCUUCCACUCUCGCUCUCCUUCAACCAUGACAGUAAAGGAUGGGAAUUCAAGGGUGAGCUCAAAUUUGGUGAAAGCAAACCCCCAUCGACGACAAUCGGCAAGGUCGCAGCACAUAUCUUUGGUCCCGAUGUAGAAUUCCCAGACUUUGUGGCGAACAUCGAGCUCAAGCUGCCAGAGUCGAAAAAUUCCGCAGGAGUCGAGAUGUUUUCUCUGAAGAAAGAGGAGGAGAAUCCUGAUUCUGGAGAGAGUACGGGCCCGGAUGCUGCUGCUGCUGCUGCUCCCAAUCCCAAAACCGGAUCCAAGAGUGAUGUCUUCUUCACUGCAUGGGUCGAGGUCGACGGCUUUCGGUUUCAAGCAUUUCAAUUCCAGGGCGCACCGACAGACGAAAAAAAUCCCAAAACCAAACCUGCGGUUCAACGAGCAUUUCGACUUUCUGUGAAGGAGAUCCCGCAGGUCAAAGUGGACAUGAUUGGCGACCUUCCACAGCCGUUUGACGAGAUGGUGUUUUUUUACGUGCAACCACAGAAGGCGCCAGGUGCUCCGGCUGGCUUAACGCAUGGAGCCGUGAAGAAGAUGAAUGAGAAACUUAGUCAACUUGGCGACGGCCAAGAACUGCGAUAUAAAGCACUUAAAAAAGAGGAAGCCUAUCAGCCUAACGAUGUAGUGAUUCGUUCCGGUAUGCACUUCAUGUUGAUCCGUAAGGAUCCUCAGCAGGGAAGCAUCGUUGCAUUUGAUUAUGUCUUUGGCCAGGCUAAGUCCAAGUCCAAGAAAGCCAAAGCCCUUACGACGGGUGACCUGCCACCCACUGCGAUGGUAGAUGAAGGAGAGGGAGAAGACACUCAACCUGAGCCCCCAGCCAAAGCACCAUAUGAGAAGAAAGUUGGCCCUAUCACGAUCCGCAACUUGGGUCUGAAAUACAGCCUGAACAAGCCCCCAUCGCUGUCACUACUCCUGGACGCAUCAGUCCUUCUAGGUCCAAUUGGCGUUGGUUUGCUUGGAUUCAGCAUCACUCUAGAGUUUGGAGCAGGUAAAGAUCUCUUUAAGAACAUACCCACGCCUACUUUUGCAAUUGAAGGCCUCGCUGCCUCGUUCGAUCGGUCUCCUCUGAUUUUAGCUGGCAUGUUCAAGCAUGUGGACAAAACAUAUCAAGGCGCGGCGACGCUCAGCUUCAAACCAUACCUCUUCCAAGCUGCUGGCUUCUACGGCGACGUCAAGGACAAGACUGGCACUGAAUUCAAGUCUACCUUUGUCUAUUUCAUCUUAGAUGGACCAUUGGCCACACUGGAAUUCGCCGAGAUUCGAGGCGUUACUGGUGGCUUUGGAUACAACACCUUCCUCCGGUUCCCUACGGUGACCAACGUGCCGGAUUUCCCCUUGAUCAGCACGUCCGGUCCGAACGACCCUCAAUCAGCGCUUAACACCUUGAUGGGGGGAGACGCAUGGUUCUUUCCUAAAAACAACUCAUUCUGGCUUGCUGCCGGUAUGACAGUGCUGGCCUUUGAAAUUCUCGACAUCAAAGCAGUCAUCGCGGUCGAGUGGGAUCCCAAAGUCAAGAUUGGCUUGUUUGGUGUCGCCACAGCCGAUAUGCCUGCUGGAACUGACACGAAGUUUGCCCACGUUCAACUAGGCUUAGUAGCCGUGCUUGACCUAGAUGCAGGGACAUUUAAGAUAGAGGGCCAGCUGACACCUGCCUCUUACGUGCUCGAUCCCAGUUGCCAUCUGACUGGUGGUUUCGCCUUCUACACCUGGUUUGGGGGUGGUCCAUCUUCAGGUGACUUCGUCUUCACCAUCGGUGGAUAUCAUCGCUCAUACAAGCCACCAGCACAGUACCCCAAUCCACCCCGUCUAGCCAUCAGCUGGUCCUACGACAGCUCUAUCAGCAUCCGUGGCGAAGCCUACUUUGCUAUCACACCCAAGGUCUGCAUGGGUGGUGGUCGACUAGACGCCUCCCUCACGCUGGGAGCUCUCUACGCCUUCUUCGACGCUUACGCCGACUUCCUCAUCAACUAUAAGCCAUUCCACUUUUCAGCAGAUGGUGGCCUCAGCGUUGGUGUUCGUUUCACUCUCGACCUGUGGAUUUGCACGGUGCAUAUCAACAUCGAGAUCUCAGCUACUCUCUACAUUGAAGGACCACCGAUUGCCGGCCGAGUCCAUGUCAACUUCUGGGUUUUCGGCUUCGACAUUAACUUUGGCAACAAGAUCACCCCCGAUACCAAGGCACGUACCUUGCGUCAAUUUAUCCAGCAGGUUCUACAAGCCGAUCUUGCCAAGGGCAAAACCGCAGAUGCAACUGACCCGCCACCGGUCAUCUUCUCCUGUAACCAGGGUUUAAUUGCAUCCGACGACAAUAAUGCUAAAUCUGAACCUAACGCAACUGCUUGGAACGUCCGCGGUGCCGUCUUCCAAUUCACUGUCGGCUGCAAGUUCGCCGUCAAAGAGGCUGCGGUGGUGACGGACCAGCCUGACGCACAUGGCGAUCCCAUCCCCGCGUACAAGCCUACUCCGAAUCCAAAAGAUAUCUUCUCCAAGCCCAUGCAUCUAGAUGAAAGCCAACCACUUUCAAGUGUUCUAACCGUCAAGAUCAAGCCAAAGCAGACGACACUGGCUCUAACCGCGUCUGACCACGAUUACGGCGUUCCGGUGUGGAACUCAGCCAAGUUGAACUACAAGUCCGUCCCAAUGGCAUUAUGGGGACCGUAUAAAUCCGAUGAGGACCCGAAUGCGGCCUCGAAUCCCAACCAGAUUGAAGGGCUUCUUAAAGGAGACAAUCCAGCCGUCUCGCAAGCUACGGGAAUCACUAUUUCCUCACCAUUGCCGGUGCUAAGUAACGAAGACAAGAUACCACCCUUCGAUUACAAGACUUUCUUCAUCCAGGAUGCUGGUGGGCCGUAUCAUUUCCCCGAUAUCAACCAGCAGCAGGACGCCUGGGAACCGGAGAAUGAAGACACCAGUCAGGGUGCUUGGGAAACCGUCCGCAAGCAAUGGGAUGGCCCACCAGGAUUUGGUGGUGAUGCUGCUGAUGCUUUUGUCAAGCUCUGGGCCAACCAGGAAUAUUUCAAGUGGGAUCUCACCAAGGACCAAACAAUCACAGGACAGAAACCCGGUAAUAUAUUGUUGAAGGAUGAGGAGACUUUUGGAAGCUCGUUUUUGGAGGUUCCCAGACUGGGGACUGCUGCUGCAUGAGUAUAGUUCUAUAGCAUUUUUCAAAUUGCAUAAUCGAAAUUUGCUUGCUGGAUUGGCUGUAGAACGUACAUAAUGGAACUUACCAAUUUCAACAUGAUAUCAUGCGUUUCGUUUUAAAUCUCUGUUCAUAUCAGUCAAUCAAUCAAGC